UUGAUUGUCAAUUACAGCGGCGCGUCGUACGUGCUACGUCACCACGUUGACCCAGAAGCGGAAGUGAACACGUGGGGCAAAGGGAAUCACACACACGCUCGAAGGCCACUCUCCUCUCUCCGGUAACAACGAGCUCAACUUCAAACGAACUCACAAAGAUCCGUGAUCAUGGCUGUGAGAGCGGCGUUCGAGAAGAACAACGAGAUCGGCUGCUUCGCCAAACUCACCAACACCUACUGCCUUGUGGCGAUCGGCGGGUCGGAGAACUUCUACAGUGUGUUCGAAGGUGAGCUGUCAGAAACCAUCCCUGUGGUCCAUGCCUCUAUCGCUGGCUGUCGAAUCAUAGGAAGGAUGUGUGUCGGUAACCGCCACGGGAUGCUGGUGCCCAACAACACGACGGACCAGGAGCUACAGCACAUCAGGAACUGCCUCCCGGACGCCGUCCGCAUCCAGAGGGUGGAGGAGCGGCUGUCGGCCCUCGGCAACGUCAUCGCCUGCAACGACUACGUAGCGCUGGUGCACCCGGACCUCGACCGGGAGACGGAGGAGAUCCUGGCUGACACCCUGAAGGUGGAGGUGUUCCGUCAGACGGUGGCGGAGCAGGUGCUGGUGGGCUCCUACUGCUGCUUCAGCAACCAGGGGGGGCUGGUGCACCCCAAGACCAACAUCGAGGACCAGGACGAGCUCUCCUCGCUGCUGCAGGUCCCCCUGGUGGCGGGCACGGUGAACAGAGGGAGUGAGGUCAUCGCCGGGGGCAUGGUGGUGAACGACUGGUGUGCGUUCUGCGGCCUGGACACGACCAGUACGGAGCUGUCCGUCAUCGAGAGCGUGUUCCGCCUCGGAGACUCCGCCCAGCCGUCGGCCAUCGCCACCACCAUGAGGGACUCCCUGAUCGACAGCCUGACAUAAGCGAGUGGUCCCGGGUUCUACGGCGGAGAACCUCCCUGAUGGGACGUCUGUUCUGGGCCUUCAGAACCCUCCUCCCCCUCAACCAGACCUCUCCCUCAGACACCCGACAUGUAACGCACACACGGCCCCCUACUGCUGCCCCCCGUCCCUCUGCCACUCAGUGCUUUCAUGAAACAUGCCUUUCCUCACCACUAUAUGCUCCCAAAACUUAGAAUAGCCUGCGUGUUGAGGUGGGAGACGGCAGUACGAGAGGUUUAUUUAGAUAGACGUCACGCCUCUUCCUGCCUGAUCAACAGUUAUAAACCAAUGGGAUGGAGUUGCGAAUCAGAUUAGACUUCUUCCAUUUUUAUCAAAUUUCCUGGUGAAACCUGUCCGUGUGGAGCACUUAGGGGUCGUGGAGGAGUUGGCUGUCGAGGCUGGUUCUACGCCUCUCUGCUUAGAAGCACUUGUGUUAAAGGGAGGCUCGGUAAGGGGAGGGGAGAUACGCUGGACUGUCUGCUAGCGAAACACACACGGUGUAAAUGUUGUGGUGCAUUCCUCUGCUGCCAAAUACUCCGACGCAUGCUGAAAUGUGUUUUUAUCUGGAAUUUUCUGUUGACCGCACCAGUUUGAAGACAUGCAACUCAAUGUUUUUUCCAGUUGGAGGCUGAAAUAUGUAGUGAUUUCAGUUUGGAUGUCUUCGAGAAUUUAUCAAUCAAUAAUUAGAUAUGUAGACAUACUUUGCAGAUUGUUACCCAAUACUUUGCAUCGCUGACGUAAUAGACUUCACCAAUAGGAGAGAAAUGGUGUCAAAUAAGGUAGAACAAUAUUUCGGAAGGACUGUAUCAACAUAAGGCCACCCAAUUGUGUCUUUAAGUUGUGUGACUUGAGAGAAUGUGCUAAAGGAAAAACUAAUUUUUGCACCCGUUUUUCGUCCAGUUUGUGUCGUCAUUGAGGGUUGCAACAAAGUGGUGUGGACUUGUUUAACGUGAGUUCGAAGAGGAAGUUAAUCCUUGUAUAAAUAAAAGACCCCCAAAUGAACAUGGCUAAUCAGUUUUUCCAUGUGAUUUUAUUUUUUAUUAUUUGGACUUGCAUUGGAUAGAAAUCUGAAAACCGCCAAACGGAUCUUCUGCCGAUUAUUUUGUGCGUUAGUCUUCUUGCGCCAUCUAGUGGUGACCACUCGAUCGAUAUUAUCUGAUCGGUGUAUUAACCUCAUUAAACGAGUUUGUGGAUCUUCUGCUAUAACCCGAUGUUAGGAUGUCAACAUGGAAGCCAUAUCCAAUGUUUACAAUGGGUUAGGCUUUUAUUAUGUUAAUGGUGAAAUGAAACGGUUUUAAUGACCUUUUGUACCUUACCAGUUAAGUAGGUAUUCACUGGAAUGUUGCGUAUACAUCUCAAUAAUUACACACAUUCAAGGCAACAUAUUUCUUUAUUAUUGGCAACUGCUUAAAGUAAAAGUAGCACUGCAUCUAUGUACACUUAUCCAAGUAGUGAUGUCGGAAAUAGAAAUAAAAACAUGUAAAAACAAUCGAUUAUAUGAUAGUUUAUACGCACACAUUUUUUUGUUGUGUCUCAAACGUAGAUAUACACAGUUUUUGGUUUGAAAACUUUAAAAAGACAUUUGUUUUAAAUAAACUCAAUACAGUCGUUUAGAUCUAUCGCGUGAAAUGAGUUUACAUUAAUAUAAAAAACAUUAAGAGGGAAAAACAACAUGCAAGGUUUUUAGUGAAUCACAACCUCUUCUCUAUGAAAUCAGAUGAGACAGAUGGGACAGAUUAAAAAAGAAACACUCAAUCCUUUUAGAGAACAGACAUUGAAUUUCUAUCAACCCAAAUACUUGUUUUUUUUCUAGUAUUCAUUAAUUUGAUAUGUGCAAAAUAAGCUCAUGUCCUGUGUUAUACUUGUAUAUAAUAAUCUAUCGUCUAGUUUCACAUCACACACUGAUCUGAAGAACAGGAGUCUCCGACAGAGGAGUCCGGUACACAAAAGUAUGGACAACAAACUAACGGAGGGGGUGGGGGGAGACGAGACUCAAACCUGAAGAAGUGUCCAUGCAGGCUUUGUUAAAGUCAGCUUCCUGUCCAGUAGCAUUUAAGAAUCUAAAAUGCUAAUCGCUAGUACAAUAGGCUCACUGUACAGGCAAGUAGCAUCGGCUAAUGCCCGGUAGCAUUUAAGAGCCUUCAUGCUAACUCAUAGUAGCACAGGCUAAUAUCCCGUAGAAUGGGUACUCUAGACUGGUUAAUGUUACCAGAUUACCCAGAGGGAGUACCAGCAUCAUAAAUGCUACUGAACAAACCUGCCAGGGGGUCCCUGACUGGCCGGCCACCAUGAGGGGGCGUUGGGUGAAGUCGGGACUUGGCGGGACAACGAUCUGCACAGACGAAGGCUAAGGGAGCACCGGCCCAUGCAUGUGUAUAUGUUUGAAGUACAGUAAGAUGAAUAUAUAAACAUGGAUCAACCUAAUUGUUAUUUAGUGUCAGGCUAGUGAUAAAGGUUCUACAUUUAAACACACACACACAAUGUAUAGGACACACUAAGUAGCUACUAGUGUCUUGUAUCGCAAACUUAAAAACAAAGUGAGUUGGAAAGAGCUACACAAAUUAAAUCAAGUUAUCUAUAACAACACUAGGGGUCGACGGGGUUAGCGUGACUAGCAUGUGUUCCACUGUUGCCACGAUGGAAGGUGAAUCAAUUCAAAGAGCUAAACUACCUACGGGGACGUUGGGGGGACUGCUCGGGAACACACAGCCCCGGGCUCCCCCUCCGGACCCACGGCAGGUGGGAACACCCCUCCCUGCUACCCCCUACAGACCCCCUACUGGCCGCUACGCUACUGUCAAAGGGAUCCAUUAGGACUGGGAAAUGAGACGGCUGAUAACUAUUGAUCCUCUGUUUGGGAGGGGGGAGGGAGGGUAUCCACUAUCUAUCUGUCGGUUGAUGUGUGGUGCGGGCCUACAGCCUCCUUGCUGGGAUGUCAGCAGCACGAAGGGGGCCUUGCCUUCUCCCUCCUCCUCCUCCCUCCUCCCUCCUCCUCCUC